CUGACCUGCAUGCGGGGCUGGGAGGGAAAGGCUGCGCGACGGGCGGGAGCAGUAGGAGCCGCUGGACAUCUUGAGCCAUACGUGCGGAAGGAGAGAGUCCCCAGAGCGGCCCGUGGGCUGGGCUUGUCCAGAGGGGUGCACAGGGCCCAGCGCUCGUAUCCUCCAGAAAGUUUGUGAAGUGUCCGAGUGGGCUCAUUCGCACCCCUAGCAGUCGGGCGCGCUUCUAGAUGAGCACCCCGCGUGUGUUGUAGCCUCGUGACAGCACCGAUCCUUGCAGCCGUGCAGCUGAGCGGAGCAGCCUGCUGACGUUUGAGAGACUGGGUCUAAUGCAUGUUGCUUUGGAGUAUUUCAGACGCCCUGGUCCAUGUGUGCUAGCUCCUGAGACAUCGCCUUAGCUGAUAAGUUCUGUGCUUCUGCAGCACCUUCUACCCGAGGAUUUCCAAGUGCUUUGCCAAGUAUCACUGUGCUUGUGGGGCACGUGAGGCACAGAAAGGAGGAAGGACUGGUGCGAAGCAGCAGCAGGACAUCACCAGCUGGGCAUGGAACCAGGGUGUCCUGAAUCCCAGCAGGACUUCGCCGGUCCUCCGUGCAGCAGCAGGAUUGGACUCGUGAGGGAGGUGGCAAAGUGAGGAACUGCAUUCCCACCUGGCUGCCUCCUCACUGGUAACUGCUGCAGGCGACCAGUGGUUCCUGGUUUCGCUGCGCGGCGGGAUCAAGGCAGGCUGGCGUUCUGUGUGGUGGCGAUUGAGGACCGUGAAAGCAUCCCUGCUUCAUCCAAACUUGGCGGAGGGGAAGAGAGAGCAGGAGUGUAGAGACCCACGCCACAGAGGUGCUGCAAUCUCUGCUUCAGAACGAGUGCACAGACGGAACUGCCACCUUGCCAUUCUGCAGAGAUAGUUUAGGACGCGGGAAAUUGAGAUCAGCAUUUGAAUGCAUGGAAGACUCAGGAGAUUUUCACAACUCUUGUGAGGUGACGAGCAGUGGCCGCGAUGAAAGCAAUAGCCAUUGGGUGAUGCCUCACCUGCUGAUAAAAAUGCUCAGCAAAUCCCGUUGGAAGAUACUCGCACUGCUGGUGGUGUUUGCCGUGAUGGUGUGGUAUUAUACCUCCUGGGAAGAGAGGUACAUACAGCUCUUUUAUUUCCCUGUGCAAGAGGAGAAGUCAGUGUGUCCCCAAGGAGAGGUGGAAAAGAAAACUGCAUUGCUCAUAGGAAAUUACACACGGGACCAUCCACUGUUCUUACAGCUAAAGGAUUACUUUUGGGUGAAGACCAUCUCCCCAUAUGAGCUGCCAUAUGGUACUAAAGGAAGUGAAGAUGUUCUUCUCCGGUUGUUAGCAAUCACAAGCUACUCAGUGCCUGAAACCAUCCUAAGCAUGAAGUGCCGGAGGUGUGUGGUGGUGGGGAAUGGACACCGGCUCAAGAACAGCUCCAUGGGGGAAGCAAUUAAUAAAUACGAUGUUGUGAUCAGGUUGAACAAUGCACCAGUUUAUGGGUAUGAGCAGGACGUUGGCUCCAAGACUACCAUGCGCUUGUUUUACCCAGAGUCUGCACACUUCAACCCCAAAAGGGAGAACAAUCCAGAUACACUGCUGGUCUUGGUGCCAUUUAAACCCAUGGAUUUCCAUUGGAUGGAGUCCAUCCUCAAUGACAAGAAGCGAGUACGGAAGGGGUUUUGGAAACAGCCGCCUUUAAUCUGGGAUGCAAAUCCAGAGCAAGUGCGAAUUCUGAACCCUUAUUUUAUGGAAAUAACUGCUGCUAAAUUGCUUAAUCUUCCAAUGAAGCAACUGCGGAAAGUUAAGCAGAAACCAACAACGGGAUUGUUAGCUAUCACCUUGGCAUUGCACUUCUGUGACGUAGUACAUAUUGCAGGCUUUGGCUACCCCGAUUCUGGCAAUAAGAAACAGACCAUACACUAUUAUGAGCAAAUCACAUUAAAGUCCAUGGCUGCUUCGGAGCACAAUGUCUCUCAUGAGGCAUUAGCUAUAAAGAAGAUGCUUGAACUGAGAGUUGUCAAGAACCUCACUUACUUCUGAUGGGACCAUGGACUGGAAUUACCUGCAAAUUGUCCGGGCAGUUUAGAGUCUGCCAUGGCUGCCUGUCACUGAGAGCCUCCCAACACCCAUUGGCUUGGAGACACCACCAUAGCCUUUGGCUCUUGCAUAUUGGCCUCAAAUAUGCUCCUUGCUCUUGGCAGUGUUGGUAGCUAGGGAUAAUGAUGGCCCUGGAGAAGGUGGGCAGAGGGGGAAGGGCUGGUCCCUGGGGCUGUUGAGUCCUCCUUGCCUUGGGCAAUGAUACUCUUAUCUACAUUGUGUCAAGACUUUCGAAGUAGAGGCCUCUGAAGUCUUCAUUGUCAUGGGAUGGAUUAAUCAUGUUGGGGCCAGUCCAGCACUGACUUUUAGGCCUUCAGCAUGGCACAAUGAGGCACUUCCUAUGGGAUAGACCAUUCCCAUGGCUUGCUGCUACACUGACUACUUUGGCCUCCAGCUCUUCACAGAGAACUUUAGCUGUUCUACCAUGCUCUUUAAUUUAACCACCUACAGCAUUUCCCUUGGAGAGGAUGGGCUUGAAUGAAGGACUUUAAACUUCUCACCAGAUUGGUUUGCUCUUUGAGUCUGAAUGAGGCAAAGGGUGCCAGUUUGCUUCCUGACCCCAGUCUGGGGGCUGGCUUUGGGAAGCCUGAAAUGGCACCAAUUGUGAAUAUUAUUUUGAGAAGGGAGGAUGCCUUACAGUAUUUUGCGGUGAAUAUUGAUACCAAAACACUGAAUUGGAGCAGAACUUCCUGGGUUUGGGGAAUUGGAAAUCCGUGUCCAUGGACCGGGAGCAUGUGGGUGUGUGAGUGUCCAUUCCAGCAUCUACUUGCUGUGGGUGGUUCUGUUACCCAGGAGAAAAUCUUUGGGUAAAUGUUGGGGUCCAUUUUUCCUCUCUCCAGUGCAGGAGAGCUAGUGAACAGUGCUCACUGAAAAAGGUUUAAACUAAAAGGUGGAGAGUGUGGUUAACCAGAGGAUUGGAAAGCAUCACAUCAUUUUCAAAUGACAGAAGUAAGAUGAAGAGUAGGAGUUUUCAUCCUGUUAUAUAGGAUGAUGGCUGGUAAGAACUUAAACCAGAGAGCUUUCAGAUGGAUACACAAGCACUUUGUUUGGAGGAAGAACUGUGGGCUUUUCAAGGAGCUAGCACCUGGUGUAGCUCUGCUCUGAGGCCAGGAUGGGUGGAGCCUUCUGCUCCACAACUUGGACAUGUAUGAAGUUUGGGGAAAUACUGCAUUUUUCUGUUUUUUAACUCGUGAUCCAGCUGUUCCAGUUUGCAUCUCAAGUGCUUAUAUUGCAGGUGAGAAGAGCCAGAUUAAUGGCCCUGGAGAUCAGAGUUCUUGGUUGAGCUUCAGAGCCAGCUCCACAUGUGCAGCAGGACUGGAUGUCCCUGCUCUCCUGCUCCUACCCAAUGUGCCUUAGCGCUGUCCUGCAGGCUUUGAGGGGAGGCCGGUCUCCGUAACUUGUGCAAUCCUUGCCCUCCCUGCCAAGAUUGCCAAUGAAGAGGGUGAUUGGGAUGUGGACAGUUUACUGGAACGGUUCUCUUGGUCAACAUUUGAUCCUGAACUGGGGGUCAGUGAUGCACGCUGCCGAAUUCUAGGUUGCCCUGUCAACUGGGGAGGGGGAGGGCAUGUCAGUUCUUCCACUGAACUAAAGGGGCUCAGACCUUAUGGAUCAGAGUAGAAAACUCUCUCUUGAGCAGGCUGCAUUGUAGCUUGGUGCUCGUUAAUUUAAAAUUAACAUUAAUUUAAAAUUAUUUAUCUUGGAAGUGUAGAUAUCUAUUGCAGAGUGCGUUAUAUGUUUGGUUGCAGUGAGUGAGUUCAUUGUGGGUUCAAUGACAAACAAUUUUAUUUGACAGUGUUGAAACGUUAUUGUCUUUCUACUGUGACACGCUGGGGGGGAGGUUAACUUUGGGGAUAUUCCCUGUGAACCCAUUCCCAGUUCAAGGCAUGGAAUUGACUGCUCCUGCUGUCCACAGAGGCAGAGGAAAGGGAUCGCAACUUGGGCAAAUGUCUGUCUGUAAAGUGCUGAUAUCAUCACUGAGUAUCCAUUCCCAGAUCCACUGAAAGACUCUUGUGGACUUUGUGUGUUGGGUCCCCAAAUCACUUUGUACCACUCAAAAGCUAUGUCCUCCUUUUUCUGUAGUGACAGUGUCCUACCUAGGGUUCCACCUUGCGUAUUGCUCAAGGGCAUGCUUAGGAUAACAAAAGCUUGGCCAUAUCCUUCCUUUUUUCCCCACUUCCCACCAGUACAAUGCCAUUGCUUACCUUGCCAGCCUAUGGAGCAGGACUCUGGAGACCAUUUGCAAAUCCAUGUCUCUUUAUUGGUCAGCAAGUUGUGCCAGUCCCUGUUUCUGUGCCUGUGAUGCAGGGCACCACUGAUGUAGUGAUACUGGCUUUGCCCAUCCCUACUUACUACUCCACUGGAUGCCAGUGUGGUAGCUCCAUGAGGCUCACUCAUCUGAAAUGAAGCAGGCAGGAGCUUAGCUCAAGUAGCUUGAGCUUCUCAUCCCUGCCUCAUUUGGCUCCUGCUCUCUCACUUCCUUGCAUGUGCUGGAUUUGCUGUGGAGGUAACUGCGACUGAGCAAGAGAGCUAUAGGCAGUGCCUAACUGUGACAGAUAUCUGGCAGUGCUGCAGACCCUGCUGGCUAAGCACAUCUGGCUCAUUUGGGGACCCACCAAGCUGAUGCUGCUCCAUCAGUGAACAAUGGCUCCUUGUAAUUCCUGUGUAGGUCCUAGUUCACAUUUCAGGGAGGAUACACUAUGGGUAGGCCUGAAAAGGGGACAUUUUACCUUACUGUUCCACUGUGUGUUUCUCUGUAUCUGGGCUACAGCUGGUAAGUCACCUCCAAACAACUACUUCCAGUGGCAGCUGCAGGCACCAUGUGGCCCCGGAGGCUGUGGGAGCCCUAAGUCUCUCAGAAAUGAUCUGGAAAACUCUGGCUUUGCCCUCUCCUGGUUGAUAUUCUGGUUCUUAGUCUAUGCACUAUGAGUCAUCAGUGCAAAUUGUACAGCAGCUUUUUCUCAGUCAGCAUUUAAAACUUAGAACCAAAUUCUGCUCUCAUCUGUGCUAGUGUUAAUGAAGAGUCUCCAGUUAACUCAGUGGAAUUGCUCCGAAUUUGACACUGGUGGAACUGGGAGCAGAAUUUGACCCUUGGUAUUGAAGGUGGCUACACCUGGAGUUAUUUAAAAAUAACUGUUCAGGAAUGGUAGUUCUUAAAUAACUGCAUGGGUGGACACGCUCAUUCCAGAACGAGGGUGUAGCAGAUUGUCCCUGAGCUUUUAUUUUCCCUGGGGCAAACUUGUCCCCACAACAUCAGUAAUAAAACAAACAAACCUGAUUAACAAACGAACAAAGGAUUAAUCCAAAACCCGCGGUCCUUCCUUGGACCUGGAGAGGGCAACCCCAGCUUUAUGCUGUCCCCUCAGCACCACAGUCUUCCCUCCUUAACUCCCUUCCCUAGGAGCUUUUAACUUCUUUUGUGGCCAAGCAGUCAUCCCUGUCAGCUGGUCCCAUGCCCCUGACCAGGCAGGCUAUUUCCCCUGGCACCUGGACUCCCAGCUGCACAUCCUCCCUUCCAAGAGUUGAACCCAGGAUACACUCUUCCCUUUCUUCAAUCCCCACCCUCUCUUGGAAGAAGAAGUUUGUAUUUGGGUGUGCCGACACAGGGCUGUGAUGUGUCGUAAAAUCAAAAGGCUUCAGGGACAGGUACCACCUUGUCAACCAGGGGGCGGUCUCCUGCAUGGCAUUAAGCAAUGUUAAAGGGGGCAUGGUCAGUGACCCAACGAAACUGGGUCUCUAGGAGAUAGUAGCAGAGGGUCUCAACCACCCACUUCAUUGCUAGGUGCUCCUUUUCUAUGCCAGUAUACUUCUGCUCCCAGGGAAGCAGUUUUGUGCUGAGAUGCAGAAUGGAGUGCUCUCUAUCCUCAGUCUCUCAGGAGAGAACCAUCCCCAGGCCUUACUCUGAGGCAUCUGUCUGCAAUAUGAAUAUUUAUGUUAAGGACGGGUGUACUGCAUAGCAGCUGUUUUACUGUCCCAAACACUGUCUUACAUUUGGGUGAUCACUGAAUCCUUUUCAGUGCUCCCUUCCAUGGCAGGCCAGUCACUGGGGCUGUGAUAGCUGCAAAUUGUAGGACAGGUCUCCAACCUUUUUAUGGUGAAAAUCACUUUUUUUUAAAGUAAAGAGCACCCCAGGAUCCACCGCCCCUGCCCUGCCUCACAGAGAAGCCGCUCGGGCUCUGACCCCACUCACCCAGCCCAGCCAGCAGGGGGUGUGGCUAAGCCCAGCCACAUACAUCCUGGUGCUCCCUCUGACAGACUGAAAUCGACUGUCAGAGGCUCCACAAUUGACCAGUCAAUAGAGAUUGACUGGUUGGUGACCAGUGUUGUAGGAUGAAUCACCAGUAGUAGCUUGCCAAACCCAGAAGUGGCUUCACUUGCUUUUUGGUUGUUGGUAUUAGUGCUUCCACCAAGGGCUUUACUUUGUUGACUAGGGGCCUGAUUUUACCAUUGCCCAGAAUAUAUCCCAGGUAUCUAGUCCCCAUGUACCCCAGGUGACAUUUAGUUGGGACCAGCUUCUUGUAUCAACUACAACACUUCUUUCACCUGUUGGAGGUGGUCCACCCAUGUGUUGGUAAAUAUUACCACGUCAUCCAGAUAGACAGCCUCAUAUACCUAGUGCGAGUGGAGUACUUUGGCCAUUAUAUUGGAAGGUCACUGGGGCCCCGUGUAGACCAAUAGAUAAAGUCUGGAAGUGGUAGAGUCCCCAGGGUGUUGCAAAGGCUGUGAUUUCCUGAGACCCAAAGUAAUUUGCCAAUAUCCUUUGGUCAAGUCCCGGUGGUUUUACACACACACACACACACACACACACACACACACUCUUUGUGUUACCUAUUCCCUCCACCAUUUCAUCUAUUCUGAGCAUUGGGUAUAUGUCACAUUUUGAAACUGCAUUGACUUUGUAGAAGUCAACGCAAAACUGGAUGGUGGGGUUGGUCAUUGACACCAACACAAUUGGGCUACUCCACUCACUGGUCAAUUAUUCUAUUACCUCAAGUCCAACAUCUUAACUUCUUGUUUUACUAUUUCUGUCAGUCAUGCUGGAAUUCUUAAGUGUCCUGUGUUCAAUUAAUUCAGUCCAGCCUGGACUUGCUGUAAACACCUCUUUAAAUUCUUCCAAGAAGUUUUUGAUUUCAGGCUGUUGAGUCAGGGUCAAAGUCAAUAGCCUGGGCCAGUUAUUGGAAAUGGGAUGGAAUCCAGAAUCCCCAGGGCAGCUUCCACCAAACACUUGGAGACCAGACAGGCCUCUUGGGCUUUCCAGGGCUUUAACAGGUUAAUGUGGUAUACCUAUGAACCCCACGGUUUCCCUACUAGACAAACUUCAUAAUUUACCUGUUCUACCCUCUGCAGGACCUCAAAAGAGCCUUGCCACUUCACCAGUAACUUACUCUUGGAGGAGGGGAGCAAUAGUAGGACUCGGUCCCCUAGCUGGUAGAUCCAGAGCCAAGCAUUUUUAUUGUAUUGCUGCUGCUCCUGUUGGGCUGCUUUGAGAUGUUCCUUGUGAGGGUCCUCACCAGGUCUAAUCUUUCCCAAAGCUUCAAAACCUAUUGAACUACAUUUUGUGCAUCUGUCCUCUGGGCCUGCCAGGACUCUUGCAGGAGGUCUAAAAUGCCCUAGGGCUGCCUUCUACACAGUAACUCAAAGGACAAAAAAGCCUGUGGAAGACUGGAACUUCUCAUAUGGUGAACAACAAGUAGGGUAAUAACUGAUCCCAAUUUUGCAGCUCCUCUGAGACAGAUGUCCUCAACAUACCCUUCAGUGUUCAGUUAAGCUUUUCAGCCAGGCCAUCCAUUUGGGGAUGAUAUACUUGAAGUUCUUACUAGACGGACCUACUCAAUUUGUGAUUUUGCAGAUUUCAUGGAAAUUGUGAAAUGCGGCAUUAUUUGUGAAAUUGGGCAACAUCCAUGAAACCUGCCAAAAAAAAUCUUAUUAAAAAUAAAAUGCUGGUUCCCUGGUGGGGAGCCAGUGGCCUGACCAUGUAGCCCACUGGGGGGGAGGGGGGUGGUGCCAGAGUGAAGGGGAGUAGCCAAGAUGGUGGCCACCACAGUCCGUUGCUGACUGGCUGAGAUGGCUGCCUGUCAUGCAGCCCUGCCCCUCUACCAAUCAGUGACUAGGGGCAGGGCUGCACAAUGGACAGCCCUAUUAACCAAUCAGUGAGGAGGGGCAGGGCCUCUCAGCCAGAUUCAUGGGGUGGGGCCUGUUGUUAUAAGCCCAUAAAAAUGGUGAUCCAUUCAAAGGGUAUGGUGACCAAUGGGACAGGCACCAGUGGGCUCUUAUGAGCGAGCCAGGGGGCAACCAGCUGGCACUCAGGGUAGGAUGCACAAUAGCCUUUCAUUUCCUGAUAUACCCCAAGCCAAACAAAACCUUAUCAGCACUUUAUCCUAGAUCUUUUCCACUCCCAAAUGGUCCUCCCCCACUCCAUGGUGCACCAUGUGCCAGUUUCAGAAACUGGCCACAGUACUGUUUCAGGACUAACAGUUGGAACCACCACACCAUUGUGACUUUGUCUUUGGUUACCCUCACCAGGCGGUCCUCCUGCAACUCAAAAUGGAGGUUCUGGGCUGCCAAACUUGCAUCCACUAUGGCCCCAUUGGCCUGUCCCAGCCAUCCAUACAGAGGGGCAUGAACUGGAUCCUUCCUUUGAUCAUAAAUGAAAUCUUGGCCUUCCCUCACCUGAUCUAGUCCACCCUCUCGAUGAUUGCCUGGGGUUCCCUGACCCUCUGUUUCCUUUGGAGGGCAGUUCAGAUCAUAUUGAACCUUGACCCCUUUUCUUGAGCAUUUCCUCCAGCUGAUAUGGUCCUCCUGCCUGAAUUGCUGUCACUGUUUGACUUGGGUCAAGUCCAAAAAGCUCACGAUCCAAAAAGGGAAAUAUCUCCCUUUGUUCUGGUUCCAUGAGAUUAGGGUCAGCCUGGGUUUUAACAAUUUUUUGGGUCAGCUAUAUCAACUUGACCACCGAGCCCCAAUUUCGCUCUACUACCACUGUUAUAUGACUUUCCUGUCCCCUGAUGGUCAGGUUUAGGUGGAUUAUGGGGUAGGGUGAGUUAUUCCCAUGAAUGAAGGUGGCACAUGCAUAUUCAUUAACCAGGAUGUUUGUUGGACUCAAACUGCUCAUGUACAAACAUCUGACCACGGGGACAUCCCUUACUUUUACAGGGACCAUAUAUCCUCUUGUGUCUGGGCUCUCUCACUUUGCCUUCGAGACAGGCAUGGGAGUACCCACAAUCCAUCUGGUGGCCUUUCUUUUCAAAUUGGAAGCAUGUCAUUGAAGCCCCUCUUCCUUUGCUUGGGCUGUAGGGAUGUCCCAGGUGGCUUUCUUCUCUGGUGGGCCUGUUCAAGGGCUCUCCUCCUGCCUGGGGCCUCAGAGGAGAUGGCGGUAAAGCACCUAUUUGAGGCUUGCCUAGAAACCCAGCCUGUUUGCCCUGGAGCCCCAGCUUCCCCAAGGAUCCCAGCAGUCUAACUCCACCCCCAUGAAGUCCUCUGUCUUCUAUGUGGCUUCCUCCAGGCUGGCCACCUAGUAGUGGUACACCCACCUCCAGGCUUUUAGUGGGAGGCUGGUGCAGAACUGUUCUAAAGUCACUAGUUCCAUGAUCUGUCCAGUUGACCCAGAGUUCAGAUUUAGCCAGCAAAUGCACAAGUCCUUUGGCUUCUGGAUCAUGGCACAGGGCCAUGCAUUUGGGUGCAAAGUCUCUUUUCAAAACUUGCAGAUAGUCCUCUUCUUUGAGACCCAACCAAUCCAGUAUGGCUGCUUUAAGUAUCUUGUAAUCCUGGGCUGAAUCUGGUCCCAGGGCCUGGCAAGGUGCCUGUGCUUCCCUGGUUAAUAGAGGGCCCCCUCUCACAGCCUACGUGUCCCAUGGCCACUGAUAGAUCUCUGUCACCUGCUCAAAAGUUGUGAGGAAAGCCUCUGGGCCAUCUGCAGGUCCCACAUUGGUGAGGACUACACUCUCCAGCCUUGGGGAAUCCAGUGACUCACCCACAGGGGUGCAACUCCAUCUUGCCGCUCCAUCUCGUUGCACUGCUCCAUUGCAGUUUCAGGAAUUCCUCCUGCUGCUGCUGCUCUCUUUGGAAGUGUUGUUGUUGGAGCUGUUGAAACAGCUGCUGCCAUUGCUGCUGCAGCCUCUCCAGCCAUUUCAGCAGGGUUUUGGUCUCCAUGGCUGAUGCUGAUUUUAAAAUGCCCUCAUUCUCCACCACACGUAGUGGGUUGUCACUGAACUUUGAUUUUCCUUGGAGCAAACUUGUCCCCACAGCAAACAACAUCACUAAUAAAAACAAAAAUGCAAACAACAAAGGGUUAACUCAAAACCUGCCAUCCUUCCAUGGACCUGGAGAAGGCACCUCUGGCUUUGUGCUGCCUCCUCAGCUCCCCUCCCUGGGAGCUUUAACUUCCUCUGUGUCCAGGCAGUCAUCCCUGUCAACUGGCUGUGUGCCCCUGAGCAGGUAGACUAUUGCUCAUUAACCCCCCACAACUGGACUUCUGUCCCUGAGCCAUGCACCUGGUUACAGAGGGCCUUUUUCCAGGUAAAUCUGUAUUAAAAGCAGGUUACGCAAAAUCAGACCAAGGCAGUCUUGUUCUAGAAUAAACACGUAUACAGAUGUGGUUAUUCAGGAGUAGCUAUUGCACUUUAAAUUCACUCUCCAGCUUAAUCUGAAUUAAUUCAGUGUGUCAAGCCUCUUCAAAGUUGCUGUCCAGAUGCUGAUCAAACUUUGCAGCUCUCUUGUUGGCUACCAUGGGAUAAUCAGUGUCAUUACUUAAGAAACUGAGACUGAGGUCCUCAUGCUGGUCCUUGCUGCUGAGUCUGCUGGAGCCAGGACUGGCAGAGGAAUCCUUACUGCCAGCCUGCUCCUCAGUUCCCUGGACCAUGCUGUCUGUAGGUGGAGUUCCAGAUGGCUCUGGUUGGAAGCACAAUGGGAGGCAGAACUAGCUGGGUUGGAGGAAGCCAGAUGAGAUGAGAAAAGUUCCUUAGGCUGCAAAACUUAGUUACAUGAGAGCCAUGGGAAGAGUUAGGGUUGAAUGCACUGCCAUGACCUGUGAAGCCAGGUACCCAAGGCAGAGCUGGGCCUCGUGUGGAUUAUGGCGCGGUCCCUUGGGCUGCUGAAGGGGUGUGAAAAUGCAGGUUCUAUCUGUGACUUGCCCAGGGAGGAUUGAGCUGGUAGAGCUUGCUCUUACCCCAACUGGCCCCAAGACAUCCUGCCUCAAGAAGGGUGCCAGGACAGAGCUCUGCUUUGGGGAGUCUUAGCUCUUGGCUGGGCUGCUGGAGCAUCCAUGUAAAGUUACAGCAAGCCCUAAGCUUCCCCAGUUUCUGACAGAGGAGCUUCAGACUGGCCUUCAGCAUCAACAAGAAUUUUAACCAGUUCCCUGCCUCCUCUUCCCCUGCCCUAUCCCCACGCUCCCCUGCACUUAGAACCUCACUGCAGGGGAGAAUCUGCCUCAAGACUUCCACAGGACCUAGGGCCAGCACAGCCAGUGAAUCAGAACAACACUCCAUGGUGGAAUCCUGGAAAUGGACUUCUGCAGCUGCGCUUUCUUUCUGGGAGAGGGAUAAGGGCCCCCACCCACUCUCCCAGUCCCCCCCGCCCUCCAACACAGCUGCCCCAUCCGGCCCUACUCCUGGUUCUUUUUAAAAAAAAAAAAGACCUGAUUCAC